UCGACGGACCACAUCACAUCCAUGCCCGUGAAGUUGUCCUCUGUGGAUGUUCUAAAUUUAGCGUGUUUUGUGGACCGUUUUCAUUACAUUUGGUUUAACCCGCUUGUUUAAUUUUAACAACCGUUAUUUAACGGUUAUCAGGAUGACGUCCAGAGGGACACCGAGUCGCUUCCUUCAAAGUGUUCUGCAGAAUGGCGUCGGCAGAUACGUCUGUCAGCUCAAACGGAUCUCUAUCAUCUUCUCCAGAAAGGCUCAGAGCUCCUUAGGAGUCAGGGAGUUUAUCGAAGAGGGAGUGGUGGAUUACGCCAAGAAAAACCCUUCAACUGUCGUGUAUGUGUCUCCUCAGACGUGCAGGAUACCCAAAAUAGUUGCAGAGUACUUAAACGGCAAUGUGAGGGAGGAAAUAGUCACAAACAAAACCUCACAGCAGAUUUUGGAGCUUGUGACCAAAAUGACAAAUCAAUCUGGUUUGGACAUCAUCCGCAUCCGCAAGCCCUUCCACACAGACAGCCCCAGCAUCCAGGGCCAGUGGCACCCAUUCACCAACAGGCCUCCAUCCAUCGGACCCAUCAGACCACAGGAACAGGACUCUCAAUGAGGACUAAAAUUAUAUUUACAGAAAACAAGCCCUUUAUUUCUGAAUCCUCUUGUAGGAUAUGCCCUUUUUUGGAAUUUUUGCCUUCUAAAUUAAACUUUUUUUUUGACUAAUA